AUCCCAACUUCAUAGCUAGCAACAAUUCAAGAGUUGCAGAGUAGCAAAUUAUAUUCAUCCACUAAAGCAUCCAUAGAUAUAGGCUGAAGCUUUUCGAUCCUUCUUCUCUCUCUCUCUCUCUCUCUCUCUCUAUAUAUAUAUAUAUAUAUAUAUACACACACACACACACACACACAAAUAUACAUACAGAAACGAAAAUGGAUUCUCUAUUAUGAGCAUUAAAGCAGCAACCAGUUGCCAUGGCUUUCUUCUUCGUCGUCCCGUUACUGUUAGUCUUAGGACUUAUCUCACGUAUCCGGCGAAAAUUUCCAUUCCCACCGGGACCCAAAGGAUUACCUCUUAUCGGCAACAUGAUGAUGAUGGACCAGUUAACACACCGAGGACUCGCCAAGCUCGCUAAACAGUACGGUGGUCUGUUUGGCUUGCGCAUGGGGUUCUUGAACAUGGUGGCGGUUUCUUCUCCGGAGGUGGCUCGCCAGGUGCUCCAAGUUCAGGACAAUAUCUUCUCCAAUCGCCCGGCCACCAUAGCCAUAAGCUAUCUCACUUAUGACAGAGCUGAUAUGGCGUUUGCCAACUACGGCCCGUUCUGGAGACAGAUGCGUAAGAUUUGCGUCAUGAAAGUUUUCAGCCGCAAGAGGGCGGAGUCGUGGGCGUCAGUGCGGGAGGAAGUUGAUAAGAUGGUUAGAACCGUGGUUGCCAACACCGGCAAGACCGUGAACGUCGGUGAACUCAUCUUUUCCUUGACCCGUAAUAUUAUUUACAGGGCAGCGUUUGGAUCCUGCUCCGAAGACGGCCAAGACGAGUUCAUCAAAAUCAUGCAGGAGUUCUCAAAGCUUUUCGGCGCGUUUAACAUCGCUGAUUUCAUUCCAUAUCUCGGGUGGGUCGACCCGCAGGGUCUCAACACCCGACUCGUGAAUGCUCGUCGUUCUCUCGACGGUUUUAUCGACAGUGUCAUCGACGAUCAUAUCCAGAAGAGGAAAAACGUCAACAACCUUCCUUCCGAUGACGCUGACAAUGAUAUGGUCGAUGAGUUGCUUGCGUUUUACAGCGAGGAGCCUAAAGGAAACCAAUCAGACGAUGUACAGAACGUCAUCAAAUUUACCCGAGAUAACAUCAAGGCCAUCAUCAUGGAUGUAAUGUUUGGUGGAACAGAGACGGUGGCUUCAGCCAUAGAGUGGGCUUUGGCGGAGCUGAUGCAUUGCCCGGAGGAGCUGAAACGGGUCCAGCAGGAGCUUGCCGACGUCGUUGGUCUUGAUCGGCGCCUGGAGGAAAAAGACAUAGAGAAGCUCACCUACCUCAAGUGUGUCAUUAAGGAGACCCUGCGGCUCCACCCGCCAAUUCCUCUUCUCCUCCACGAGACCGCCGAGGACACCGACGUCGCCGGCUACCUCAUCCCCAAGAAGUCGCGCGUGAUGAUCAACGCCUGGGCUAUCGGCAGAGAUCCCACCUCAUGGGAUGAACCGGACUCAUUCAAACCUUCCCGAUUCCUGAACCAGGGCAUGCCCGACUUCAAGGGCAGCAACUUCGAGUUCAUCCCGUUCGGAUCGGGCCGGAGAUCAUGCCCUGGGAUGCAGCUCGGACUGUACGCUUUGGAGCUGGGAGUGGCGCAUUUGCUCCACUGCUUCAGCUGGUCGUUGCCCGAUGGAAUGAAACCGAGCGAACUCGACAUGAGUGAUGUGUUCGGACUCACCGCGCCCAAGGCCACUCGACUCAUGGCCGUACCGAGUUCCCGCCUGAUCUGUCCUUUGUAUUGACCGGAGAAAGAAAUGGGAUUCAUGUGGGGGAAUCGUGGUAAUGCGUGUGUGGAAGGUGAGUUUCCCAGGAGAAAAUGUAAAAAUUGAGUGGAAGAAGAAAAAUCACGUAUAGCAGUGGAGCAAUACGACGCUGUUUAUGAUUUGGUGGAUCUUGUAGAGAUAAACUUUGUUGAGAAUAAAUUUUCAUUUGUAAUCAA